AAUCUAUCUCAUCAUCCAUCCACGAAAUAAACAUCCGGGGAAUUAACACGAUGCUAACAACCGGAUGCCGAUAAAAUGAUACAAAACAGUGAGCGCAUGCAUGUUUCAUGAAUGUUGAUUACGGUUCUCGGAAGCGAAACAUCGGCUUCCCAUGACUCUCCGCCUAAUAAAGUCCACAAAGAGGAACUUUUAUUUGUAUUCUGCGAGAGUUAAAACAUUUCCCAUCGGAGACCUCGUGUCGAUAUCACACACGGAGAGAAUUGCCUUUUUUAAGACUACCAGACACGUUAGAGAGAGCAUUGGAUUUGGGACCUUCGCCUUUCUUAGACUGAGUUCUUCAGAAAUCUCUGAGUUGAUCUGAUUUAUUGCACCCAAUAUGUAUUGAAGAAUAUUCAGUUAUAUUGAUUGUGCAAUAGGAAUCUCGUUUGUUCACUUUGCAUCACAAGUCAAACAACACUCUAAUAUCAGGAUGGAACUCAGCAAGUAACAAAUGUACCAUGACCUUCUGUUCAAAGAUACCUGCAGCAAUAUCUAGAAAGAAAACUAUUGACAACAAACGUCUUCUAGAAACUGAUUUGAAAAGGCAGCUCGGUGUUCCGGAUGUUCUUGGCAUAGGAUUUGGAGGCUCUAUCGGUAUAGCCGUCUAUGUACUGAUUACCCACGUUGCACGUUCAGUCGCUGGACCUGCUGUAGUUCUGUCUGUUCUCCUCGCUGCCGCCACUGCUGCACUCUCCGGAUUGUGUUUCACAGAGUUUUCUUUACGUCUACCCCGUACUGGAUCAGCGUAUUUUUAUACUUACGCCACUAUUGGUGAACUGUGUGGGUUUGUGGUAGGAUGGAGCCUUAUCUUAGAACACAGCAUUGGUGUAGCCAUCUCCGCUAAAGCAUGGAGCCAAUAUCUCGGCCAUCUAACAAAUAAUUCCAUACCAAGAUUGCUGAACACGUCAUUUCAUUGGUCAGAUGGACAUAACAUUGACCAAUCACCCGACUUCAUUGCUGUCCUUUUACUGAUUAUCUGCACGACUGCAAUGCUUAUUAGUACUAAGUUCUCCACAGUUAUUAACUGUGUCCUCUGCAUUUUCGGAGGUGUGGUAGUAUUCUCCGUCAUCUGUGUAGGGUUCUUUCAUGUACAACACGACAACUGGACGGGCGGAGAGGGUUUCUUUAGAUUUGGUAUAGAAGGGAUUUUAUCUGGAGCAUCUAUCCUCAUAUUCCCAUUUCUAGCUGUGGAUACAAUAGCCAACACGGCCGAGGAACAAAGAAACCCUUUACGAAAUUUCCCAGCCUUAUUUGCAAUUGUCAUCACACUUACGAUGAUUUCAAUGAUAGCUGUAAGCUCAGCAGUGACUCUUAUGUCUCCUUCAAAUACAUUCGUAGAUAACGCAGGAAUAGCAGUAAUUUUUGAAAACCGUCACAUACAAGGUGCUCGUUACGUAUUCAGCGUCGGAGCUCUCCUUUUCCUGUUUGCGUCAACCAUUUCGCUUCUCUCGGCUGUUCCUAGAAUAAUGUAUUCCUUAUCAAGGGAUGGAUUGCUUCCUGAAUGUCUUGGGGAUUUAACUUUAAAAGGAAAAAUUCCAGUGAAAGCAUUGUUACUGUCGUUCCUAAUAUCAUUCGUUCUUACAUUGUGUUGCAAAUUAAAUCUUCUUUUGUCCAUGUUGGGAGUCAGCACGCUGCUAACUUUUUUUGUAGUCUCUCUUUGUGUUUUAUUUUUACGAUACCAACAAGUUAAUAUUGGAAUGAUCCAAGAAUACGAAGAUCCAAAUGAGGAAGAAUGUAUGACAGAGUUUUCGCAUCCCUCUUAUAUUAAUAAACAAUUUCAGGCAGAUAAGGACGAUGUGCUGUCUUUUAAACAUUCUCCAAGAAUAGAGAAACUACGAGGAAGCACUUACAAGAAAAUGAACAGUAUAGUAAGCUUGACUUCUGUGGGAAGUGAGAGUACGUUAUUUCCGCUGCACGUGAGUGAUGUCAUGGAACCUUCCUCCACUUCCUGGUUAAUAUCAGUGCUGUGUAUUAUGAUUUACUUUAUUUCUUCUCUCGUAGUCUCACUGAUUGUGACGUUUGGGUGGAAAUAUAUCUACAUGGGUUCAUGGUGGUCCAUUUUUUUGCUGGUUGUAAUUCUUGGUACAAUGACAGUGUCGGCUUUCAUUUUAUGCAAACAACCUCAGAACCGAAGUAAACUGUUAUACAAAACUCCAGGAGUACCAUUGUCACCUUUACUGUCGUUGACUCUCAAUAUUUUUCUUCUGACAUCACUUCCUUCAAAUGCAUUGUUGAGUUUUUCUGUUUGGCUUUUUGUUGGGGUUAUAAUAUACUUUUGUAUUGGAGUUCGUAAGAGCAAAGAACGGACAUCAGAUGAGCAGGAAGUGAUAUUGUAUGAAGUUCGUGAGAGUGGCUGAGCAUGAUUUUCUAAUGAUUAACAACUCAAUUCUUUCUGCUAAUUGCAAAAAUCGAAACAAUAAAAUGAUUGACGUGUGAUUAGGAAAUUUAGUGGGUUUUUUUCCCUAAGAUAAAUGAUAGCUGUUAAAAGUCAAAUAUGUUGAAAUAUUUAAAAGUGAUGUAAUAUUAGCCCAAAAUUUAGGACAAUCCAAUGGAUGCUAAAGACUAAUUUUGUUAUUAU